GUCGCGGCGCCGCGUGCGUCCGGCCCAGGGUGAGGCUCCCGUUCCCGUUCCGUUCCCGUUCCCGUUCCCGCCAUGGCGGUCCGCGCCAGCUUCGAGAACAACAACGAGCUGGGCUGCUUCGCCAAGCUGACCAACGCGUACUGCCUCGUGGCCAUCGGCGGCUCCGAGAACUUCUACAGCGUGUUCGAGGGGGAGCUGUUCGGGACCAUCCCGGUGGUGCACGCCUCCAUCGCCGGCUGCCGCAUCAUCGGCAGGAUGUGUGUGGGAAACAGACAUGGACUCUUGGUCCCAAGCAGCACAACAGACCAAGAGCUCCAGCACAUCCGCAAUAGCCUGCCAGAUUCCGUACGAAUCCAACGAGUGGAGGAGCGUCUCUCAGCACUGGGCAAUGUCACUACCUGCAAUGACUAUGUCGCUCUUGUUCACCCAGAUCUUGACAGGGAGACAGAGGAGAUCUUGGCAGAUGUACUGAAGGUAGAGGUUUUCAGACAAACGGUAGCAGAUCAGGUGCUGGUAGGAAGUUACUGCGUUUUUAGUAACCAAGGAGGAAUUGUGCACCCCAGAACUUCAAUUGAUGAUCAGGAUGAGCUGUCUUCAUUGCUCCAGGUCCCACUCGUGGCUGGAACAGUGAAUCGUGGCAGCGAGGUCAUUGCAGCAGGGAUGGUUGUCAACGACUGGUGUGCCUUCUGUGGGCUGGAUACAACCAGCACUGAGCUCUCGGUCAUUGAGAGUAUCUUCAGGCUGAAUGAAGCUCAGCCAAGUACCAUUGCUACCAACAUGAGAGAUUCCUUGAUUGACAGCUUGACAUGAGCAGUGUCAGUUUCUACUUUCCAGAAAGCUCCUAAGGAGUGAAGUGUCAAGCUGCACUUUGGAUUACAGACAUCCAGACCUUCCGGUGUUGUUUCUGGAGGCCUGGCCCAAGGAAAAGGCUACAAACCCAAUCUUUUGUAGUGUUUUGUAAACUGUCACCUGACAAAUAACAUGCAUAAGUUAUGAAUAA